AUGGUUUUAAGGGGAAAAGAAGAUGUUCCUAUUGAAACACUCCGGACCCCUUCUGAUGAAACUUGGUAUCAGGAUUUGAAGGAGAUACCUAACAUUGCUUUGCCGGAGAAAGCCCUUGUCGGAGCUGGGAUGAGUUUGAACUGGAAGAUGGAUUGGGACGACAAGCCUGUGUAUACAAAGGGAGGCCAUGUUGUUUCGCUGUAUGUUGUUGCAUACAAAAGAGAAGGGGGGAGAAUGGGUACCAUUAAGAAAAAUCUUGAUGAAGAGUGUUGGUAUGAUCGUAUUGCGAGGAAUUUUUCUCUUCCGCGGGACGCGGAUUUGUCUGAACCUCCUGCUGCUGGCGCAGGUGAGUUGUCAAAUUUGGGCGUAGGCCCUGAGAAGAAAAGACGCGCUACGACCAGUAAUGUUGCGCCUAAGAAAAGCGAUGUAGGGAAGACUCAAUCUUCCAAAGCUAAAAACGUUGAGAAGAAAGGUAUGCGCCGUUCUUCUGACAAGUGUGAUUAUGUGGUGGUUUCUGACACUUUGGAGGGUCUUACGCCUGCAGUUACUAUUAGGCGACCGAAACCAGAACCGAAAGAUUCUGCUGAUAUUCCUCCAUCCAACCCAGAUGAUCCGAUUGACUUGGAAUCUAGCCCUGAGCAUUUAGUGCAAAGGGGGGCGAGCAAGAGAAAACAAACUGAUACUGACGCGGAGGGCCAACCUCCUAAGAAAGUUCAAAGAAAGAAGAUUACCCGACGGGGGAAUCUUGAUGCUUUUGUUACGGAAUCUGUUUCUGAAGGUGCAGAUGAUGAUGCGGAGAAGCCUGUUGAAAUCGAGAGGUCUGCUGAUGCUGGCCUAGGUAAGGUGGAUGAUACGGAUAAUCCUUCGACCCCCGAGGUGGUUACUCAAGACCAAGGGGAAGGGGCAACUGAAAAAAUUCCUACUCCUUCGCCUUCAGAUACUAUGCCGGAGCAUGUUGAGAGGAUGACGGUUGAAGAGCAAGACUCGUCUGUCGGUGUUAGGAAACAAUCUCCCAUCCGCCCAGAGGAAACUUUGGGAGAUUAUUACUAUCGGAGCUAUUCGGAGAAGGAUGCUGCUGACCUUCACGCCCCUGUUUGGAAUUUGAAGAAAGGAGAUACUUUUGCGGACUGGCAUGCGUGCCAAGAUUGGCUGCAGGGGAUAUUUCCGCCUGGGGAGGUCAAGUUUCAGGAAAGCCGAUCUUGUGAACAGGCCUAUCAGUCUUAUGUUGCUGAGACCGCCUCUCAUGUUUCUACCACCCACCGUAUUGUUCGGGAGUGGUAUAAUAUGCAUAAAGAGCAGAAAUCUUUCAUGGCGGCUCAGAAAAAAUUCUCCAAUGAUGAGAGACGUCUGGCCCAAUUGAUGUCAAAAUUAAAAGAUGAUCAAGCCAAGUUUGAGGCUGAGCGCAAGACUGAGGAAUGGUCUGUUGCUGGUUGGAAAAGAAAGGCCGAAGCUGAGGCUGCUCUUCUUUCUGAAGAACGAAAAAAUUGGAGGAAAAUUUGUGAAAAGGACAAUGCGGAGAAAGCAAAUCUCCGCAUUAUUAUUAAUAACCUCAAAGCUGAUGUCGAAAAGCUGAAGAAUCAAGAUGCAGAGGUUGAAAGAUUGAAGAAAGAGAAUGCUGACUUGGAGGCUGCGCUGGCAGAAGCGCGUUCUCAUAGGGAACGGAGUGAGCAACGGGAGGUACAAGCUUUAAGCACUCUUGCCAUUAGAGAUAAAGAACUAGAGGAACUUACUGCUUUGGUUUCUGACCAGGAACAACUGAAAAAGGACCUGGAGCUUGCGCGUUCCGAACAUGCUGAAUCCUCUCGCCGUUUGACUGAGACUGAAGAGAAACUGGAAAAUUCAGAGACGACGCGGGCUUCAGCGGAAAGCGAGCUUGAGCCUUUAAAGAACGAUAUGACCUGGUUGAAGGAUCGUGGGAUUGCUUGUGUUGCUGAAUCUGUUUUGAACUCUAAAGAGCUGGAUAAGACUGUUGCUGAUUUAGUGGUUGCCGCGCGGCGGGAUGGUUAUGCGCAAGGUUAUGCAGAAUGCUCUCAACAUGUAACUAGUGCGCUGAAAGUUACUUGGGAUAAUAGCAAGUCCGCUGCUUUUGGCGUAGAUACUGCCGCUGCGCUUGCUUCUCUGAAGGCAGAGUUUAAUAAUUUACAACUUCCAGUUAUGGAGUUGAUAAAUGUGGCGCUGCAGUCGGAUGAUCCGGUAGCGCAGCUUAAAGAAAUCUUUCCUGAUGAGGAUGAAGAUUUAGAGUAG